UCUUCCCCGGAGGCCCAGUCGGGCAGCAGCAGCAGCAGCGAGGACGAGUUCGACCUGGGCGGGUCCUCGCUCAAGUCGGAGGGCGACGCCGCGAAGAGCAGCAGCAGCAGCAAGCCGGCGGACCCGGACAAGCUCUUCAGCGACGACAGCGACGACGAUGACAACACAGAGGGCGACGACAAGAAGGGGGUGACGUCCCCCAAGAAGGACGAGAAGGACAAGGAGAUGGAGGACCUCUUCGGCUCGGACUAUGACUCGGAGGAGGAGGAGUUCAAGGCCUCAGGUGUCAAGGAAUCCCCCGCGCGCGACGGCGGACGCAACAAUGAGGACCUCUUCGGCGACGACGCAGGAAACCGCGGUGCCGCGGGAGGCGCCGACGGGGACAACGGCUACUCGGACAACAUGUGGCUGCCCAAGACCCCCCGGGCCCCCAAGACGGCCAAGUACUUCAUCAGCAAGAUGCCCAACAUCCUGCGCCUGGUGCCGGAGCCCUACACCAAGGAGGCCAUCAGGGCUGAGAUGGAGAACCCGUCGGACGAGACGCUGUACCGCAACUACGUGCGCUGGCGCUACAAGCGCGACAACGCCACGGGCCGAGUGCUGCUGGACGACAAGACCAAGCUGCCGCUGCGGGAAUCCAACGCCAAGCUGGUGCAGUGGGAGGACGGCACGUUCUCCAUGUUCGUGGGCAAGGAGGCGCUGACGUUGUCGCGUCAGAAGCUGGCCAACUCGUUCCUGUUUGUGAACGAGAUGGCCAGUGACAGUCCGCACUUCCAGGACAGUGACGACGUGGUGCCCGGCCAGGAGAGCGUGCUGGAGGCCCACGCGCGGCUCAAGGAGAAGUUCACGAUCCGCCCCAUGACGACGGCCAGCAAGUCGCACAAGAGCCUGACCAUGUCCAUGCGCGCCAAGCACAACAAGAGUGUGCAGAAGCUCAAGGAGUACAUUUCCGAGCUGGACGGCGAGCGCGAGCAGGAGCAGCGUGUGAAGAUCACGGACGAGAAGCUCCGGCUGCAGAACCGCAAGAAGGCGCGCCAGGGCUACGAGUACGACCGCGAGCGCUCGUCGCGUAUGGAUGCGCAGUUCCUCGAGGAAGGCUACGACGCCAUGGACUACGACGAUGACGAACACGUGGGCGCGAUCAAGGAACAGUUCGGCAAGCGCAAGAGCUCGGCAGCGCACCGGAAGUCUGGCGCCCGCCGCCCCGUGCCUGGCGGCGGCUUUGACGAGUACCGUAGCAGUCAGCGCCAGCGUGAACUGGAGCGUGAGCGUGAAGCAGAGAGAUCAGAGAGCGACAACGACGCUGGCGUUGAUGAGGGCGAGGACGAAGAAGAAGAGGAAGAAGUGGUCAUCCGCAGCCACAAGAAGCGACGCACGGUCGAUGAAGAGGACUCGGAUUAAGGUUACGGUAACCACAGAAGAUAGGCAAGUCCAGACAAACUCGUUAUCCUCAAAUCUAGUUUUCUCUUAGCUCAUGUGCACAUACAUGU